UAAAAUAAAUAACAAAACUGCGUAAAUUUUCACCAAAAUUACAAAAAUUGAAAAUUAUUAUUAUUCUUGUUUUUAAAUGUUAAAUGUUUGAAUAUAUUUAAAUAAUAUAUUAUUACUUUCAAAUAAAAUAUCUACAUUGAAUAAAAGAAACAAACGAAAAAUGGAUCAAAUGGUUGAUUGGCAAAACAAUUAUCAAAACAUUCGUGAUCGCGGCCAACAUUUGCUGGACACUGAAAAAUGGGCCGACUGUCGAUUCCUUGUAGGCACUCCGCCCAAUCAGAAACUUCUCCCUGGCCAUAAGCUCAUUCUGGCCAUGGCAUCGCCAGUUUUCGAACGAAUGUUCUAUGGCAAUUUGCCAGACAAAACUGAUCCCAUUGUGAUACCCGAUGUCCAGCCGGAAGCCUUCCACGCCAUGUUGGAGUACAUUUACUCUGACAAAAUUAAUAUAAGUUCAUUUGACAAAGCCUGUGAACUAUGCUAUGUGGCUAAGAAAUAUCUGUUGCCUCAUGUUGUUGCACAAUGUACGCACUUUUUAUGGGCUGAUUUGAGUCCUAAGAAUGCCUGCCGGGCGUAUGAAUUUGCUAAGCUCUUCGAUGAACCAAGGCUAAUGCAGAGCAGUAUGGAGAUAAUUGCAGCUAAGACCAAAGAAGUCUUAGCAGAUCCCAAUUUCUGUGACAUAGAAAUGUCUACUUUUCUAACAAUUCUGGACUGCGAUAAACUCAACAUCGAAACCGAGUUAGAUCUGUUCAAUGCCUUGUUGCGUUACGCCAUGGAACGAGGCUGUAUGCCAGACGACGAUGACAAUUUGCCCAGUACCAGCAGUAAAUGUCAUGGAGAUCAAUCUGAAUCGCAUAGCAUUGACGAAGAACAUCCCGUUGUAGAUGUAGAAUCAAUGCAUGAGACCAUUGAACCGGAUGAUAUGGAAGAACCAAAACCAGAGGUAUCUUCAGAACAGCUGCAACAGCAGCACCACGAUGACCAACAAAACGUUGACAUGGAUGCCCAGCGGAAGAUAACCGAUCAAAGUGUAAUGAAACAGGCGGUAAAGAAGAUUCGUUUCCUUACCAUGACACCUCAGCAGUUCGCUGAAGGUCCAGCACGAUCCAAGCUAUUACAGCAAAAUGAAGCUCUUUCAAUUUUAAUCAAAAUAUCCAGUCCAUGCAUCAAUGACUGUCCAAUGCCCGAGGGAUUCUGUACGUCUCGUAUUUCGAGAAAAGUCAAUUUCCCCCCACCGAGCAGCCACGAUAACUAUGACGACUAUCGCAUUUCGGCUGCAGAUAGAAAGAAACCUUUACUCUUCCCAUCGGUGAGCACUUCGCUCUUUGACCUUACUCCUCCGAGUAUAAGUAGUCGCUUUGCCGACAGCGAUCUAACCAACGAUACACGACGAUCAUACUGCGUGCGGACUAUUCAGCAGCAGUUUGACUAUCGCAAUACUAGCGUCACUGACUGUGGUUUGACCUUCCAGGUUGACACAAAUAUCAUGAUAACUGGUGUCCAAGUGCCAACUCAGGUUCUAUGUGGAGAACUAAUGAAUUCAGCUGGAUUUUCGGAACGUUAUGCUGAAAUUCUUUAUGCUCACGUUCAAGAUAUGCAAGGAUCUCGACUCACAUACACUCAUUGCACUUCGCGAGUGCGUUACGAUUCAAUGUUGGAAAUUUCAUUCGAUCGACCAGUUUAUAUUUAUCGCAAUCGUAUUUACAAGAUUUAUGUGGUCUUUAAUAAGAUCGGAUGGUAUCCGAUGUACACAUGUGUGCCGGAUAUUAUUUGUAAUAGAGUUAAGUUUAUGUUUAAUGUUGGAGCACCCGGUGAAUCUAUGCGCGAUGGAUUGAUAAGAGCUAUUGUAUUUUUGCAUACUGACAAUCAAUCACCAUCGCCAGAUAGAGCUGCUGUUAUGUUGGAAUAAUAAUGAUGUGUAAUUUGUAUGCUUUUUAUUGAAUGUUAGUUUGUAGUUUCCUUAGGUGUCCUUUUUUUAUUUUUUUUUUUCUGUCUGUAUUGAGAUCAAUAAAAAAUGUAAUAGCGAAAA